UGAGUAGCUGAGAAGCCUGAAUCGUGCGUUGUUCGUUCCUGGCUGUUCUGCCACCUAUGAAACACGGAUAAGCCUUGUUAUCCAGUGAGUUUCUGCAGUCAGUUCUUACUGAGUCAAACCGUUGGUCCAAGGGGAAACAAAGCUGCAGGAAGCAUGGAACUUUCUUACACCUUCUUGAAAAUUCAAGUCCUGUUGCCUGGGAAAUACUUCUCUCCCUUAGUGCUCAGCACACCACCAGCAUUGGAGCAAUGGAAGAGGCAGCUGAAGUUAUUCCAAGAAAAUGCUCAAAGUUUGGUGAUAAAAAGCAAUGUUUCUCCGCUGCCUCCAGGCUGCAUUUCUGGGAGUGCACGUGGCCAAAAGGAAACCUCGCUCAGCUCCAGGAGAUGAUUGUGCUGGGCUCUUCUGCUUGCCUCCAGGUGUCCUGGCAGCCCUGGGUGAGGGCGUGUGCGGGCUGCGUGCAAAGACUCCCAGUGCCGAAUGCAGUGUGAUGAGGGAGAGGGUGGCAAUUGGUUAGAAGGGUGUAGACAAACAAGAGCAAAUGUACAUACAGCGGUGUGCAGUCUGCCUGAGCUCCUGAAGCUUGCUGCCAGCCUGAAGACUCGGCAGCAGCCUUUCCCCGGCGGGCUCAGGAGCAGAGGGGAACCUGUAGGACUGAGCACAGAAGAUGCCUUCCCCCUGCUAGUCAGGAGGACACUUUAAGCAUUCCCUUCUUUGUUGACCAAGUAGCCUGGUGAAGGUGAACUGCUUUAGCAGGGGUGAAGGUGUGACUGGAGCAGCCAUGGAGAAAGCCGGGGGAGAGACACGCAGGAGCCCUGAGCAGUCCUUCCUGGCGACUUUGUGCGACUCCCAGGUGACCCUGCUGUCUGUCUACCAGCGCUGGUCCUUCAGGAAGAGCCCUGGGGCCAGGGCCUCCAGCAGGCCAGCACCUUCGCUGGAGGAAGGCUCUCCCCCAUCACCGGAGGGAGAAUUUUCCCAGAAGGUUUUGAAUGGAACAGGAGAAAUCAGUUCCAAUCAGAUCCUGUCUAAACUUCCUUUGCCUGCUCGGGGCUGGGAACCAGCGAUGAAGCAGAGUUUCGCCUUUGACAACGCUGGCUACGAAGGUGGUCUGGAUGGUGUGUGCCCUUCAGAGACAUCCACCAGCACCGUCAACAUAUUGGGCAUGACUUGCCUGUCGUGUGUAAAGUCUAUCGAGGGCAGGAUUUCCAGUUUGAAAGGCAUCGUGAGCAUUAAAGUUUCCCUGGAACAAGGCAGCGCAACUGUGAAAUAUGUGCCGUCAGUCGUGAGCCUCCCACAAGUUUGCUGUCAAAUUGAGGACAUGGGCUUCGAGGCCAGCAUCGCAGAAGGAAAGGCUGGCUCCUGGCCGUCCAGGUCGGCGCCCGCCCUGGAGGCCGUGGUCAAGCUACGAGUGGAGGGCAUGACUUGCCAGUCGUGUGUCAGCUCCAUAGAAGGCAAGAUCGGGAAACUGCAAGGCGUAGUGAGGGUCAGAGUGUCACUCGGCAACCAAGAGGCAGUCAUCACAUACCAGCCUUAUCUUAUUCAACCCCAGGCCCUCAGGGACCAUGUAAACGACAUGGGUUUUGAAGCUGUCAUCAAGAACAAAGUGGCUCCCGUGAGCCUGGGACCAAUAGAUAUUGGGCGGUUACAGAGCACCAACCCAAAGACACCUUCAACUUCUGUUAACCGGAAUGUCAAUAACUCGAAGACCGUGGGGCCCCAAGGGAGCCAUGUGGUCACCCUGCAACUGAGAGUAGAUGGAAUGCACUGUACGUCUUGUGUUCAGAAUAUUGAAGAAAAUAUUGGCCAACUCCCAGGAGUUCAAAAUAUUCAAGUGUCCUUGGAGAACAGAACUGCCCAAGUACGGUACGCCCCUUCUCGUGUCUCCCCAGGGGCCCUGCAGAGGGCCAUUGAGGCUCUUCCACCAGGGAAUUUUAAAGUUUCUCUUCCUGACGGACCUGAAGGAAGUGGGACAGAUAACACAUCUUCCACACACCACUCCCCUGCCUCCCGCCAGCGAAGCCAGGUGCAAGGCACGUGCUGUACCCUGGUGCUUGCCAUUGCUGGCAUGACCUGUGCGUCCUGUGUCCAGUCCAUUGAAGGCCUGAUCUCCCAAAGGGAGGGGGUGCAGCAAAUAUCGGUCUCUUUGGCGGAAGCGAUGGCAACGAUUCUCUAUGAUCCCUCUGUCAUUAACGCAGAAGAACUACGAGCUGCUGUAGAAGACAUGGGAUUUGAGGCUUCGGUCGUUUCUGCAAACGGUUCUGGAAACCACAUUGCGGCCAGUUCCACAGCGCAAACAGCAGCUGGCACACCUGUGUCCACACAGGAAGUGUCUCUCCAUGCUGGGGGUACCCCUAAAAUCCACAGCCCUGUCCGCUCGGCAACGUCCCCGCAAGCCUCUGCAACAGUGGCACCACAGAGGUGCUUUUUACAGAUCAGAGGCAUGACCUGUGCGUCCUGCGUGUCUAACAUAGAGAGAAACCUGCAGAAAGAAGCCGGUAUUCUCUCCGUGUUGGUUGCCUUGAUGGCCGGAAAGGCAGAGGUGAAGUAUAAUCCAGAAGUCAUCCAGCCACUCGAGAUAGCUCAGCUCAUCCAGGACUUGGGCUUUGAGGCAGCAGUAAUGGAAGACUACGCAGGCUCCGAUGGAGACAUUGAGUUGAUCAUCACCGGGAUGACCUGCGCUUCCUGUGUUCACAACAUAGAGUCCAAACUUGCAAAGAUGAAUGGCAUCACCCACGCCUCCGUAUCCCUUGCAACCAGCAAAGCCCAGGUGAAGUUUGAUCCUGAAAUUAUCGGUCCACGCGAUAUUGUCAAAAUUAUUGAGGAAAUCGGCUUUCAUGCUUCCCCGGCCCAGAGAAACCCCAACGCUCAUCACUUGGACCACAAGGUGGAAAUAAAGCAGUGGAAGAAGUCUUUCCUCUGCAGCCUGGUGUUUGGCAUCCCGGUUAUGGGUUUAAUGAUCUAUAUGUUGAUACCCAGCAGUGAACCCCACGAGGCCAUGGUCCUGGACCACAACAUCAUUCCGGGACUGUCCAUUCUAAAUCUCAUCUUCUUUAUCUUGUGUACCUUUGUCCAGUUCCUCGGUGGGUGGUACUUCUAUGUACAGGCCUACAAAUCUCUCAGCCACGGGGCAGCCAACAUGGACGUGCUCAUUGUGCUGGCCACGAGUAUCGCCUAUGUCUACUCUCUCGUCAUCCUGGUGGUGGCCAUUGCUGAGAAGGCUGAGAAGAGCCCUGUGACGUUCUUCGAUACACCUCCCAUGCUCUUUGUGUUCAUUGCCCUUGGGCGGUGGCUGGAACACGUGGCAAAGAGCAAAACCUCAGAAGCCCUUGCCAAACUCAUGUCUCUCCAAGCCACAGAAGCCACCGUCGUGACCCUUGGCGAGGACAACUUUAUCAUCAGAGAAGAGCAAGUACCCGUGGAGCUGGUGCAGCGGGGUGAUGUCGUCAAGGUUGUUCCCGGGGGAAAGUUCCCAGUGGAUGGGAAAGUCCUGGAAGGCAGUUCCAUGGCCGACGAGUCCCUCAUCACAGGAGAAGCCAUGCCUGUCACUAAGAAACCUGGAAGCACAGUGAUUGCCGGCUCUAUAAACGCACAUGGCUCUGUGCUCAUUAAUGCCACCCACGUGGGCAACGACACCACUUUGGCUCAGAUCGUGAAACUGGUGGAAGAGGCUCAGAUGUCAAAGGCACCCAUUCAGCAACUGGCUGACCGGUUUAGUGGAUAUUUUGUCCCAUUUAUCAUCAUCAUUUCAACUUUGACGUUGGUGGUAUGGAUUAUAAUCGGUUUUAUCGAUUUUGGUGUUGUUCAGAAAUACUUUCCUACCCCCAGCAAGCAUAUCUCGCAGGCAGAGGUGAUCAUCCGCUUUGCGUUCCAGACGUCCAUCACCGUGCUGUGCAUCGCCUGCCCCUGCUCCCUGGGCCUGGCCACGCCCACGGCGGUCAUGGUGGGCACCGGUGUGGCCGCCCAGAACGGCAUCCUCAUCAAGGGAGGCAAGCCCCUGGAGAUGGCCCACAAGAUAAAUACUGUGAUGUUUGACAAAACUGGCACCAUUACCCACGGGGUCCCCAAGGUCAUGCGCGCCCUCCUGCUCGUGGACAUGGCCACUCUGCCCCUCAGGAAGGUUCUGGCUGUGGUGGGGACCGCGGAGGCCAGCAGCGAGCACCCGCUGGGUGUGGCUGUCACCAAAUACUGCAAAGAGGAACUUGGAACAGAAGCCUUGGGAUACUGCACUGACUUCCAGGCAGUGCCAGGCUGUGGAAUCGGCUGUAAAGUCAGCAACGUGGAAGGCAUCCUGGCCCCCAGCAAGCAUCUGAGCGAACAGGCCGCUCCCCUGAACGGGGUUGGCAGUGUUCCCGUGGAAACAGAUGUGGGCCCCCAGACCUUCUCUGUGCUGAUUGGAAACCGAGAAUGGAUGAGGCGCAACGGCUUAGCCAUUUCCAGCGACGUCAGUGACGCUAUGACAGACCACGAGAUGAAGGGCCAGACCGCCAUUCUGGUGGCUAUAGACGGGGUCCUCUGUGGGAUGUUCGCCGUCGCAGAUGCCGUCAAGCAGGAGGCCGCCCUGGCUGUGCACACGCUGGAGAGCAUGGGUGUGGACGUGGUUCUGAUCACGGGCGACAACCGCAAGACAGCCAGAGCCAUUGCUGCCCAGGUCGGCAUCAACAAAGUCUUUGCGGAGGUGCUGCCUUCUCACAAGGUGGCCAAGGUCCAGGAGCUCCAGAAGGAAGGGAAGAAAGUAGCCAUGGUGGGAGACGGGAUUAACGACUCCCCGGCCUUGGCCCGGGCCGACGUGGGCAUCGCCAUCGGGACAGGCACAGAUGUCGCCAUCGAGGCGGCUGACAUUGUUCUCAUCAGAAAUGACUUGCUCGAUGUGGCCACUGGCAUUCACCUCUCCAAGAGGACUGUCUGGAGAAUACGGCUCAACCUGGUGCUGGCGCUGAUUUAUAACAUGGUUGGGAUACCCAUCGCAGCAGGUGUCUUCAUGCCCUUUGGGAUCGUGCUGCAGCCGUGGAUGGGCUCGGCGGCCAUGGCAGCCUCCUCCGUGUCUGUGGUUCUCUCGUCGCUGCAGCUCAAGUGCUAUAAGAAGCCUGACCUGGAGAGGUACACAGCCCAGGCCCAGGGCCGCAUGAAGCCCCUGUCGGAGUCCCAGGUCAGCGUGCACGUCGGCUUGGACGACCGGCGGCGGGACUCCCCCAGAGCCACGCCCUGGGACCAGGUCAGCUACAUCAGCCAGGUGUCUCUGUCCUCCCUGAGGUCCGACAAGCUGUCGCGGCACAACACCACAGCUGACAACAGUGGGGACAAGUGGUCUUUGCUCCUGAAUGACAGAGACGAGGAGCAGUGCAUCUGAAAGCUCCAGGCCGAUGCAGAGCCAGGGCCCGUCUCCCAGCUGAGCAGCAACUCGAGCCCCACAGGGGCAGCUCCAGCAGCCAGCAGCAGGAUGGGCAAAGCUUUUGGGGACUUCCAUUCCCUGGACAUUCUAGAUCAUUCCUCCCUGCAGUAUGUGGCCUUGUCCAGAUGCGGCUCCCGGGUAGGACCACCCUGCCUGGAUCCACAGGCGAGGCUGAGACCUCAGCCAUGCUGUUGGCGUGGGCUUCUUGGAAACCUUGCUGGACUCUAGCCAGCCUCCUCAGACCUCUGCUUUAGGGUUGGAGAUGACGACUUGUGAAAUGAGGAAAAUCUCAUCAGGACCAAAACCUCAGCUGGGCCUUUGCAUAGGACGCAUGCAAAACCUUGGUGUUGUCCUGUUUUUCACGAUGACAACAUGCGUCACGUGUCUGAGACCACAGUUUACCUCAAGUGCACUGUUAGUUUCUGCUGGUCCAAUCUCUUCCUUUUCUGUCCUUGACACUGGGGGCGCGGCACCCCCAUCCUCUGUCAGGUCAGGACCACUCACAUCCUCGCGGUCCCUGCUGCUGCUCUCAGGUGCUUCUCCAGUCACAGACACGUGUGUGCACUUCUGCCUGAAUCUCCUCACUGCACGCCCUGCCAGAGAGCUUGUCAGGCUUCUCUUCAGGUGGAGGAGAGCUCUUUCUUGCUUUCGAGACCCUUCUCCACAGUCAUGGCUUCUCUGCACUUUUUCUCUCCCCACCGACUCUGACUGCUUAGCUGGAGUAAGGGUCCCAGAGCCUGAGACUUAAGAAAUCCAGCUUCCUGUGGGGUUCAGAUGCCUCAGAGCCGGGGAUGCCUCUGGUGCUUGAAGCAGGUGUCCUGUGGGGAGGCUCGUGCGUGCAGAAACCUCCCUCGCGGCUCCCUGCUCUUGGAUUACAUGGUCUGCUAUGUGAAUGGAGUUCAAUAUAGAAUUCAUGUCAGCAGUGCCCCUGGCAUUGUGCACCUCCAAGGAAAGCAAUGAUACCCAACUUAGAGGAAAUCAUAGUACUUUUCACGGACUUCCAUUUCUGCACGUUGAGUUGGUGUCGUAGGAAAGGGGUGACUACAAUUUCCCAAAGGGAAGUCUGUUUCAGUGCUCUUUAUGAUUGUAUGACAUUGGAGGGGCAGGAAUGUGGCUAGUUUUAGACUCCAAAGUUGGUGUUGAUUGACAGACCUCAUGAGAAUAGACUAGUAGAAUUAGAAUUUUAGAAUAGGCAGAGCCUAUUCUAAAUUCUAAAUGUUCUGCCUAUUCUAAAUCCUAAUGUGAAUCCCUUGACACACACACAAAAUAAUUUUAUUUAUCGAGUGUGUUAUUUUCCAAGGCAAUGUAAGCACUUUUUAUAAGUUAUCUCUAAUCCUCCCAACAAAGUAGAUAUUAUUGUCCACUUUUCACAAGUGGGAAAAUAGGCUCAGAGAGGCUAAGUAUACUGCCCAGGAUCCCACAGCCAGUAUACAUGCCAGAACAGGGGUCUGAAUCCCUGUCUGUUGGCUCUGAAGUCUUUUCUUUAUCUCGGCUCCACUUUGAAUAUUUUGCUUGAUAAGGAUGUACAAGAUUCAAAAUAUAUGGUGAUGGAAGGAGAACUGACUCUGGGUGGUGAACACACAAUGUGAUUUAUAGAUGAUGUAAUACAGAAUUGUACACCUGAAAUCUAUGUAACUUUACUAACAGUUGUCACCCCAAUAAACUUUAAUUUUUUAAAAAAAGAAUAUACAAGAAAAAGCCCCUUGCUCCUGGAAGAACAAAUCUGUCAGGUGGUGUAUUUUUUGUAUCAACUUGGAAUGAGAUUUGAUCAUAAGGUCAUCUCACUUGAUGACCUCAUGAUCAAGUUCAUUUCCCUUGGAUGGUUCAUUUUCACUUUUGCAUAUGAUUUGCUUUUUGCUGGGUCUUAUCCUCUAAAAUCCAAGUGCAGGGUUCUGUUUUUAUUGUUGUCAAUUUUCCUUUUCCUCCCAGCACUUUCCUGCCGUGUGUCCUCUUUAUUCUUUGCUGUGCUUGGGGAAUAUUUCUUGUUUUCUAAGUAGGCUAAUCGUCUAAAGAAUCUAAUUGUAUUGAUUUUUUCAAAAAGCUGGUAGGACCGUAAAUAUCAUGUUUAUAUAGACAUAAAGAUAUUUAUAUAAUUGUACAGAAAAUUACCUUUUAGAUGUUCAAAGUGCAGGAAUUUUUUUUGGUCAGAUAAGAACCAUUUCUACUUCAAAAACUAUGAGUGCUAUAUUAGAAUAAAG